AUGAAGAGAGAAUUAACGUUAGCACUUCCUCUGCUCAUCCUGUUGUUAUUCUCCCUCUUGUCCGUCAACGUCCUACGCCCCUUUGAUCGUCAGGGAUUGUGGUCUCAUUUCUUCACCAACGACAACCUCCAACGUUGUGAUUAUUCCAACGGACGCUGGUUGUGGGACGAAGCUUACUCCUCUUCUCAUUCUUACCAUGAAAACUGCCCAUUUCUGGAUCCUGGCUUCCGCUGCCGCCUCAACGGCCGACACAACCAAACUUUCUGGCAAUGGCGAUGGCGACCUCACACCUGCCACCUCCCCCGAUUCAAUGCGACGGACCUUCUGGAGAGAAGCAGGAAUGGACGUAUUGUGUUUGCGGGGGAUUCAAUGGGGAGAAACCAGUGGGAAUCAUUACUGUGCAUGCUGGCUUCAGGAGCGUCUAACGUAUCCGCCAUUUAUGAGGUCAAGGGCAAGUCCAUUAGCAAACACAAGGGUUACUUAUCCAUGCGGUUCCAAGAAUUCAACUUGACAGUUGAAUAUUACAGGACACCAUUCUUGUCCCCCUUAGCCUCUCCACCUCCCACUUCAUCCCCUCAAGUCCAAAAGGUCAUUAAGCUCGACAAGUUGCACUGGUUUUCCAACAUGUGGGUUGGAGCAGAUGUCCUUGUUUUCAAUUCUGGCCACUGGUGGAAUCCUGAUAAAACUACUAACUCGGGAUGCUAUUUUCAAGAAGGGGCCAACGUGAACAUGAGUAUGGAUGUGAAGGAAGCAUUUGAGAGAUCCUUACAGACAUGGAAAUCAUGGGCUUUGCAUAGAUUGGAUCCUGAUAAAAGCUUCAUUUUCUUCCGCAGCUUUUCUCCCGUACAUUACAGGGGUGGCGAAUGGAAUGGAGGGGGAGGUUGUGACGAGGAAACAGAACCAGAUAAGGAGCCGAAAAGAAUUGAAACAGAACCGUAUAAUAAUAUAGUUAUAUCUGAAGUUGUGAAACAGAUGGACUACGGGAAGUGGAAAGUGCAGUUUCUGAACAUCACGAAUCUGUCAGAGAUGAGGAAAGAUGGGCAUCCUUCAAAGUACAGGGAAGAAGGCACUCCACCUGGCGCCCCACAGGAUUGCAGCCAUUGGUGCUUGCCUGGAGUGCCUGACACGUGGAAUGAACUUCUCUACGCACAUCUGAUCUCCAUGCAGUUUGGAAUCAACAGGAUACAGAAAGAGGGAAACACAAACAAUCCUAGCUAG